AUGACCAACACCACCAUUACUCCGACGACGACCACAGCCCCGGUCACCAAAUCCGUCGACACCCCCCCCGCAGACGAGGACACCCCCCUCUUCUCCCCCUCACUCAUCUCACCCGAUGUCCUCGCCAUCCUUCCCGCUGACUACACCAUCCGCCCGGUGUGUCGCUCCGAUUACAAGAGAGGCUACCUCGACGUCCUCCGCGUGCUGACGACAGUCGGCGACAUCACCGAGGAGCAGUGGAACAGUCGGUACGAGUGGAUCCGCGCCCGGAGCGACGAGUACUACCUCCUUGUUGUGUGCGAUGGGCAGGACCGCAUCGUCGGCACGGGGAGUCUGAUCGUCGAGCGGAAGUUCAUCCAUUCGCUGGGUAUGGUGGGGCAUAUUGAGGAUAUUGCUGUUGAGAAAGGGCAGCAGGGGAAGAAGCUGGGCUUGAGGAUUAUCCAGGCGUUGGAUUAUGUUGCUGAGAAGGUGGGUUGUUACAAGACGAUUCUCGAUUGCUCCGAGGUGAAUGAGGGAUUCUAUGUCAAGUGUGGGUUUAAGCGUGCUGGGUUGGAGAUGGCGCACUACUACUGA